AUGUCUUCGGGUGCCCCUAAUGAGGAGACCAAUGGAGAGGAGAGAGUUUACCAGCUCUAUUGGUGCUACCAAUGCCAUAGAUCGGUCAGAAUCGCUACUGGGAACCCAUCUGAGAUCGUCUGCCCUCGAUGUUUCGGGGAGUUUCUAUUUGAAAUUGACAUGGCCGGGCCAACACUCGUUGUUGAUUUCACGCAAUUUGAUCCCUCCCCGGAGGCCCGCAUAUUAGAAUCCCUAUCUCUCAUGAUGAAUCCCCCAGUCAGGUUGCAAAAUGGUAGCUCAGAUAGCAGGGAGAAUCAAUUACCCGAUAUAAGCCAUCGAGUGCCUAGGGGGAGAAAUCAGAAUGUUGAUGGAAGAUUUCAUGGAGGUCUGGAAAGUGGAAGACCAAACAGGUUUUGGCCUGGGAGGCCCAGGAGGCGAAAUCGUGUUUUCGACGAGAUGGGUGAUGACUGGGGCCCGGAAGCCGGAAUUAUGGCCCGCCCAUGGCCUUGGCCUAUGCCCACGAACGCUGGUCCUCUCCCUGUUGAACCAAAUCUACCUCCAGGAACAAUGUUGCUCCCUCCAGGGGUUCAUCCCCAGAAUUACUUCGUUGGACCGGGCCUGGACGAGCUGAUUGUGGAGCUGACUCAAAACGACAGGCCAGGUCCACCACCAGCGCCUGAUUCAACCAUCAAUGCUGUGCCAAAAGUGACAAUUUCGCCUUCUCAUUUGGUUAAUGAGCCAUUUUGUCCUGUUUGCAAGGAGGAAUUCAAGGUUGAUGGGGAAGUGAGAGAAUUGCCUUGUAAUCAUAUAUACCAUUCUGAUUGCAUUGUACCUUGGUUGAGGCUUCACAAUUCUUGUCCCGUUUGUCGCCAUGAGGUGCCAGUUCCAGGUGACAGUUGUACUCAGGAGCCUGAGCCCGAGCCCGAGCCUGAGGAUUCUCACAGAGAAGCAAGUAGGAGCCGGCGGUGCAGGUGGUUGAGGUGGAGGCCGUUGGCCUCUUUGUGGCCCUUCCGAGCAAGAUAUCGCCCGGUUAAUCCCUACGACAAUGACAUUGUCACUACUCGUCACGGUGAGAAUUGA